UCUUCCUCUCCUCCUAUCACCGCACUGACAGAGUCUGUCAGCCGCUCUGUUCACAUGCAAAUCGGACAGAGAGGGAGGCGGCGGCAGCGCGGAGCGACGACACAAGCGACCGUGUUUCACUCUGUGGUUUCCCCCUCCAACAGCGUGCACUUCACGGGACUGUCGGACUAGCUUUAACAGCGUCUCCGUCCGAGUCCACCCUCCGUGUGGCCGCUUCUCUUCGAGCAGCUGAGAGGAUGAAGGGGAGGAAUCCUGGUAGUUUGUGGAGUUUGUAGCAGCAGAAAGAACGUGAAGCACUGGCAGCCUUUCCAGCUCCUGAUUUGACAGCUCCGUCUGCAGCAGAGCUCACCAUGAGUUAGAGGAGCACUGGGGACCACCGCCACAGCUGACUUCCCCACCGCCUGCAACACCGUGUCUGACCGCGACAGCAGCAUCACUCGCCCCGCUUCAUGAGCCAGCAGGAUGCGGCUGAGGUCCUCGCACUCUCCGAGCGCCUCCUCGUAGCUUCACAUAAGGGACAAGCUGACAAUGUGGUCCAGCUUAUCAACAAGGGUGCAAAAGUAGCUGUCACCAAGUAUGGCAGGAGCCCCCUGCACUUGGCUGCCUACAAAGGCCACAUUGAGGUUGUGCGUAUCCUGCUCAAAGCCGGCUGCGACCUGGACAUCCAAGACGACGGGGAGCAGACGGCGCUACAGCGGGCUGCCGUGGUGGGAAACAGUGACAUCAUCAGCGCUCUCAUCCAGGAAGGGUGUGCACUGGACAGACAGGACAAGGACGGUAACACAGCUCUCCAUGAGGUGUCCUGGCACGGCUUCAGCCAGUCUGUCAAACUGCUGGUGAAGGCUGGAGCCAAUGCUCACGCAAAGAACAAGGCAGGAAACACAGCUCUCCACCUCGCGUGUCAGAACGGACACGCUCAGAGCUCGAAGGUUCUGCUUCUGGGCGGCUCGAGGCCUGACAGCAAGAACCACGCCGGCGAUACAUGUCUGCAUGUGGCGGCCCGCUACAACCAUGUGGCUAUGAUCCACAUCCUGCUGGGAGCCUUUUGCUCCGUGUCAGAGAAGAACCUGGCUGGGGACACACCACUGCACGUGGCAGCUGCUCUAAAUCAUAAGAAGACAGUACGGCUGCUGCUGGAGGCGGGAGCAGACAGCCGCAUCUGCAACAAUGCAGGUCACACAGCUUUGGAUCAGGCCAGAGAGCACAACAACCCAGAUGUGGCUCUUCUACUGACCAAAGCUCCUCAGGUGCAGAGUUUUGUGCGUGGCAGGAGUGUGAGGAAGAGGAGAGACAAGCUGAAGGCAGAGGGCAGAGCUCAGUCGGUGCCCAGAGAUGAGAUGCUGCCCUGUAAGGACAGUGCUUCUGCUGCAGACGACACCCAGAGCAGUGACCGAGCUGCCUGCAAACACGCCGAGGCGACAGAGUCAAACACCAGGCGGGGAAAGAGCAGGAAGCAGAAAGAAAAACCGUCUCUGUCUGACCCUCUGCGCUGCAGAGAGACCAGACACAGCGAGACGUUUCACAGGAGGAAAGACAAACUGCAAGGAGCCGCCCUUCACUCCUCCAUCCCUCCACACAACUAUAAAGCCUAUCAGCUGUACACGCUGUAUCGCAGCAAAGAUGGCAAGAUCAUGCAGGCUCCUCUGAACGGCUGUCGCUGUGAACCUCUCAUCAAUAAACUGGAGAACCAGCUGGAGGCCACCAAGGAGGAGAUGAAGACUGAGAUCCACACUGUCCAAGACCUGAUGAACAGCAAGAUGGGCCAGCUGGACCGCAAGAACAAACACCAGAUCCGAGCUCUGGAUAAGAUGACGGUGGAGAGAGUGUCAGCAGAGAGGAGCGAGUGUCUGCAGAGGAUUGAACAGCGAGCCCUGCAAGAGAGACUUGAAGCAGACAAGAGACAGCAGGCGUCUCUGGUCAGUGAGCUGAAGAGCUGGUGUCUGUCUAAGCUUCAGAACAUGGAGGUUCGCCUCACGGGAGAGCCCAGCAGCACCAAGCUGCAGCGCUCCUCCUCUGCAGCCGAGGGCCUGAACCAAACUGAUGGAGCCGGUCUCACCGUGCUGCCCUGUGACAAGGGAGGAAACAACUCCCAGUGCCUGGAGCUCCACCACAGCACCACCCUCCUGGACUCCAACCGGGGGGAAUCCAGCAUGGCAGCAGAGGGGGGAUCAGCCAACCACUACUUUGUGGUUCAUGUGGAGAGCUCUCCAGAUGGAGAUAAAGCUCAGAAUGCAGACGUCUCCUCUACUGCUGCUGCUGCCAAGAGCCCGCUGUCAUCAGUCCAGGUGGUCCGGCCAAAGGAGCGGUCAGGGAUCUGUGCUGACCCCCAGAAGAAGAACCAGGACCUGCAGCACAUGGACAUGGAGGAGCACGGGGCGAAGGGGGGCAGGAUUUACAGAGCCAGCAGCCUGUCUCCAGCCACAGAGCGCCGCUGCAGCAGCAGGACUGAAAGCGGGUUCAGAGACAGGGAGCGAGGACGGGACAGAGGCAAGCACCGCAAGAAGCAUUCCCAGGGCAGGACUAAGUCCAGAGGGACCACAGGGGUCAGGACUCUGGAGGUCUUUGGAGACCAGCCCAGUGAACCCUCCUUCACUCAGGAGAGGGACAGCAUGCAUGCCCUGGAGGUCACCCAGUACUUCUUCGAGGCAGUGUCGACGCAGAUGGAGCGCUGGUACGAGAGGAAGGUGCAGGAGGCUCGCUGGCAGGCCAGCCAGAGGGCUCAGGCCGACAGGGCCGCUCUGGUGGAGAGGAUCACCUACCUGGAGGACGAGCUGCGCAUGCUGAGGACCAACAGACAGGAUGACUGCUAACGCUGCGUCACCACCGCGUCACCACCACACCUCUUAUGAACUCAUUAUGUCCAUGUCGUGAGGCCUGGAUCCACUGAACCAUGUUAACAGAUGCCUAAAAGAAAAAUCCUGUCGCCAUGGUAACGCUGGUCUGAUAGUACUACAGAAAGAAAGGCAGCUCUCGUGCACUGUGUUGGAAAUAAAGUUGUAGAUAUAAAGCUAGCUGUCAGAUUAAUCUAAUGUGCCAUUUGUAGGAUAGAUACACACACACACACACACACACUGUAUACACAUUACAGCCCAACUGUAAAUAUUGAUUUGUGACAUUAAUAAUUGCGUAAAAGUCUUUCAUUAAUGUUGAUUAUGCAUGGAAUGAUGUGCAUAGUGAGAUGUGUUGAUGGAGGAUCACAGCAUCAUAAGCUCUUUGUUGGUUCUUUGUUGGUUUGUGUGCAUGCUGGGAUCAGAAUGUAGCUGAACGACGUCAUACGUAACCCUGCUGAAGGUUUUAGUUUGAGCAGCAGCAGCUGAUGGUGCUGCAUGCUGUGCUGUGUGUGGAGGCUGGAGUGUGUCCGUAGAAUCAUUGCAAAUGAUCAAAUGUGACAAACAGAAAACAUUGAUUAACUAAAGGAAUUCAAAAAGGAUCUUUCCUUCAUUGUAACUAAAAAUACCCCCCUCUCUCUCUCUCUCAGAGGCUCGGACACUAAACUAAGAUGUAAGAUGAUGUAAGCUGCUUCUUUUCAUUCCUGUCAGCAAUAAAAAGGAUGACUUAUUCCAUAAACACUGUUAACAUGUAGAAAUGGAACACUCCACACUCCAGAGGUUUGAAAAUAUAAGCUCAUGAGUAACUGACCUGAAGCUGUCAGAGGUGAUGUAACACUGUAGACUGACUUCACACAGAAACACAGUGUUCAUUUUUAUUUAUUUUCGCAUCAGAUGAUUUUCUGAACGGUUCAUGGAGGACACACUCAGCAGAUAAAUGAAUUCAUCAAAUUGAUUUGUUGCUUGCAGCCCUAGUUGUCAUAAAGUAAUCCACAUCCUGAUCCUGAACAGAUGACUACCUGUUUCCCAGAAUGCCAUUGUCCUGCCAGUGGUGUGUCCCUGUUAAAGAACAUGUUGCAUGAAGAAGCUCAGUGUGUCACAGUAUGACUGUCUGCUCAAACAUGUUGCUUAGUUUACAUGGAUGUGAAGAAUGCCACAAACGUUUUGUAUAAAAAUAAUCAUUCCACACCGU